AUGGCUUCACAACCAUUCCAUUGGCACUAUGCUGAGUGCGAAGACGCCAACUACCAACUCCCUGGUACUACUCUCUUCUUCAUCAUCGUACUCCUCUCCCUAAUUCUUUUGGUCGCCAUUCUUAUCCUCUACUCUCGCUGGAUAUGCCGUUCCUCUCAAGCGCCGCCACAGCAACUUGUCCAGCUUUCUCAUCAUCAUGGUCUUGACCCUACUUGUAUCAAUAAACUGCCUAUUACCUUUUACGGAACUAAUACCAGCUGUAACAUUUUUGGUGAUCAAGCAGAGUGUUGUAUAUGUCUAGGUGUUUUUCAAGAUGGCGAUAAGGUUAAGAUUUUGCCGGUAACAAACACCCAGGAUGGUGUUUCCUUCUCCCAUAGCAUCUCCAAUAAACCACAAAUAUCGCAGACGAGUGGAACUUUUAGAAACCAAAAUAUGAAACCAUCGUCUGUCAUCAUAUCAGCUGCUGCUACUACACUGUUGCUUUUAUUUCAAGAAUACAGAACUAAAAUUUAA